CGAGCUGAAAAUAAAGAAGAAGAGGUGAGACAGCGGCAGCCAUCAUGGAUGUGAAAGAGAGCGUGCUCUUCGCCUCUCUCGUUCUCGCUCGUGCCUACGGCAGUGCGGUAUUCCACAGCGGCCAUGCUCGCUCCAUGCUGCUCUGCUGCCACUCACCUGCGACGUCGUCUGUUGUGAAGUUCUUGCGACGUGAGCGACCGAAACUCGGGGCCCCGAAAAACCAGAGGCCCAAAAAACAGGAUUGUGAGCGAGCGAGGGGGCGAAAGAAUUUCUAGGGAGUUUCUGCGACUGCGUCGUCGCCCAGACAAAAAAGAAAUGCAGAAACAAAGGCCGUCGGACGAAGGAAGUUGCCCAGGUUUGAUUACACAUCGACCCCUGCAGGGGCCCUGGAGCGAGGACUUAACCCGACGGCAGCUGCAUCAGUUUCAGUUCUUCGAUGGACUUGUAGAUGGAUACUCUGGGCACUCGUCUGCGUCUUCGCGUGUGUGUGUGUGUGUUUUUAUGACAUUUGUGGAUUACGCCUAUAAAAACUACACUUCACCGCGGAGCCAGCGAAGUGGGCACCAGCUACAACAAAGAAUUGACAACAAUUAUUCAGCAAAAAUGAUACAACCUGUCGCUCGAGAGAUUACAAACGGAGCUGUUUUUAUGGUUUGUUCCGCUUUUGUUUAACGAUUCCGAGGAUCACACCUAAUAACCCACGCAAUCCACCACCGAAGUCUGAAAACCGACUCAACGGAACGCAGCGCAACUCGACUCAACCGAAACUCGAAACUUAUCCCUGGGAACUCAAAAUAGUGUUUUAUUGUUGGAAAUUACGAUUCUUUUAUUUAUUUACUUUUUCUGCAUUUCUUUGCUGCCCCACACACACCCACCGUUUCAAUUUUUAUAUGUUUAUUACGGUUAUUAUCGCUUAAUGGGGCUCGCUCGCUGGCUAUUACUGUUGUUGUGUUGCUUGCACCAGUAGUUGUGUCAGACUAACGUGUGAAGUUGUUUUAUUAUUUGUUUUGAUUAUCAAAAUGGGCGUUUUACAUUUUUCCGGUCGUUGGGCGGCCCACCUGCCACGGGCCCACCGCUUAUAGCCCACAUCCCAUAACCCCGGGGCAAGGGCAGUAAAUCACAGCCCGCUGUGAGUGGCUGAGUACCUGGGCAGCAGUACACUUGAAAAAUAGUAACCCUUCUAUUUUAAUUAUUUGUCGGCUAGACAUUAUAUUCAAUUAUAAAUACAUCACAGCAAUAAACCA